CUGUCGGUGACUCAAGCCUCGCUGCAGUCCAUCCAGUCACAGCCCUGUCGGCUAGAGUUACACUGAUUCAUAAACCGUGGUGCAGCAAUAUGGUCUGGAACCAUUCGGCAUCCCCUAGUUCGUGGCAGCCUGACACACUGUCAUGCUGCCUGGCUGACUAUAAGAGCGAGAAAGCUAUAAAGAAGUGAAUUUCUUUCAGCAAGGUCUCACUCUUUCUACCUGCUCUAGGGGCCUUUGUCUCUCUUGUUGAGCGCAGCCUUGUCUGCUGCCUGCGUCCCGGUCAAGCUUGAAUACAAAGGUUCUGUACUUUGUUCGGCUUUGGAUCCGAGAAUUGAUCCGAUUGUAAUACACACUCACAGUUCAAGAUUCGUUCCUAUAAAUCUCUCUCGAGGCCCUCUCAAGCAUGCUUGGUUUCUGCAACGAGCCUUCAGCUGCGGCUCCUAUACUCGCCACCAUGAAUUCGACCACUCCAAUCUUCAAUACCUCCGAAACCGCCAUCCUGGAGGGGCUCAUCCCCGGGUAUGCGUUCAUCUCGCGGCUCCUGUUAUCAUACCUCCACAUCGACCUUUCGCUCUACAUCCCAUACAUCUUCACGGCCAUUAGUAUCUACUUUGCCUCCGACCAUGUGUCCCACCAUGUUCAGGGCCUGUUCCGGAGCCAUCUCAUGGCCUCAACUGAGGUUCGCAUCUACGACGACGUCUACAUUUACCUCAUGUUCUGGAUUUCGCGCCACCGAUGUAUGCAGAGCACCAGGCACAUCUAUGCCAGCACCCAGCUCUCCGUUGAUCGGUACUACUACGACUCGGACGACUCGGAUGACGAAUCCGAAGAGGAGAUCGAUGAGGAAGAGAUCGCAAGGAGCAGUUUUGAUGAGUACUGGAACAAGAUGAUCGCCCGGGACCGCACAAAGCGCUUACGCUUUACACCAGCUCAUGGAGUCCAUCGCUUCCGGUACAAGAACCGCCUGAUCUUCCUCAAUCGCGUGCGCGACCGGUCCACCAACUCCUUGUACAUGCAGGACAAUUCGGAACGCCUGAUUAUCUCGUGCUUUGGACGGGACACCACGCUCCUUAAGCAGCUGCUCGCGGAGGCGCAGGCGGCGUAUGUUGCACGCGACGGUAACAGCACGGUCAUCUAUCGUGGUCAGAAGGCGAAUGGCCGUACCGACUGGAUCCGUUGCAUGGCGCGUGCGCCGAGGGCACUUUCCACUGUCGUGCUGGACCAGACCCAGAAAGAUGAGUUUGUCAAUGACAUCAAGGAAUACCUGCAUCCAAGGACUAGAAGAUGGUACUCCAACCGCGGGAUCCCGUAUCGACGCGGCUAUCUGCUUCACGGGCCUCCGGGGACCGGCAAGACGAGCUUGAGCUUCGCCGCUGCCGGGGUGUUGGGCGUGCCGCUGUAUCUACUGAAUCUGAGUUCCAGAAGUCUGGAUGAGGAUGAUCUCAUGGGCCUCUUUCACCGACUGCCUCGGCGAUGUAUUGUGCUCCUGGAGGAUGUCGACUGCGCGGGUAUGACGCAGAAACGCGGGCCUGACGACAAGGACAAGGACACCGACACCGACCACGCUGCCUCUGCCCGGAAGCCGCGAGACAAGGCUGAGGGCGGCCCUCCGGAGAAGCAGGGGAUCUCGCUAUCCGGUCUACUCAAUGUCAUUGAUGGUGUGGCCGCCAGCGAGGGUCGCAUUCUCAUCAUGACUACCAAUCAUCCCGAGAAGCUGGAUGCCGCGCUGCUCCGUCCUGGACGCGUGGAUAUGAGCAUCGGGUUUGGCUAUGCGCAGAGCCACGAUGUCGAGGAACUCUUUGCGUCUAUCUAUUCCAUGCUGGAGGGUGAUUUGCGUUCUGCAGAUACGGGAGGUAGCCUUGAAAAGACCCGGCACUCCAUGACCAACGGAAUAAAGCCCGUGAAUGGGAAGCAAUCUCUUGUAAUCACUCCGGGGGAUAUUUCGAACUUGGCACGACAGUUUGCAGCACAGGUUCCCUCUGGUGAGUUUACUGCUGCAGAGGUUCAGGGAUAUCUUCUGAACUACAAGAACAAUCCUCAGGAGGCGAUUGAUUGGGUGGAGCAGUGGCUGAAGAACACGCGCGAGACACGCGAGAUGCGUCUUGAAAAGUUGAACUCGAGCAAGUAAAGCAUGUGAAUGCAUAUGCUACAAUGCUGUUGAGUCGACAAGAUCAAGAUAUAUGACAUAGCCUAGUUGGUAGUAUUACUCAGUAAUGACAAUAGAUUCUAUUAUUCCA